CCAGCUAAUUCUCCUCAGAACAGAAUGCUGCUCAACUUUCCAGAGCUUUUCACCGUCUGAACGCGUAAAGACAUUAGGCAAACAGACGACGGAGCGCCUGGUGCAAAGAUUCACUGGAGCGAGAGUCCGGCUUUGAAGCGCGCACGCAUUUCAGCACCUUGGACAGCGCGCGGCGCCGCAGUGGCAAUGCGUGGAUUCAACCGGUGGCUUCCAAUCAAAGCAGCAGUCCGUUUCCAUCGUACUGGUAGGCGUGCCGCUGGAUGAGUGGUUGACUCCAGAAGCCGUGCUGAGCAGCGUGGAGUAGGUGUCUGUCAGGCGGGCGAACUGGUGUGGUGGUGGUGGUGCCUAAGAGACCCUCCAUUUAUAAGGAUGCUGGUGGGAAAUGCCUGGAGACAGAGAUGACGAGAUUUGUCAAAAGGCACUUGAACUCCUGUCAGAUCUUUGUUCGAAAGGGGAAGUGCAGAACGAUAACUGUCUGGAUUUUAUCUACUAUUUCCGAGACCUUGCCAGGCCACGAUACACGGAUUCAGAUGUAUCGGUGAGUCUGCUGUCACUGGUAGUGACAGCUUGUGGCUUGGCCUUGUUUGGGGUCUCCCUCUUUGUCUCCUGGAAACUCUGCUGGAUACCAUGGAGGGAGCGUGGGCUCUCCCCCACAACCAAGGAAGUCCAUGGGCACCUGAACCCCACCAUGAGCCCUUUGCCCUCACAGCCUGCACCCAGGCAACCAGUUUAUACGGCUGUGGACCCCCCCUCGCACAACCGCCGUGAGUCGUUGCACUGCUCCAUCGCCAGAGAGCCCACUCCAAUGGCAUCUGUGGUUUCGGUGGAGGCUCCGGUGACACCCGUAUCGCCACCACCUGUGGUCAUGGCCACACCAGAGGCAGCUAUGAAGAUCAGUCACACAUCUCCAGACAUUCCACUGGACGCCCAGAAUAAAAGCCGGGAAAAUGGGGUUCACACUAACCCUCGUAUGCAGAGACAGACUACUGAACCUCCACCCUCCGGGCGCUCAAUGUCUGAAAUUGGACAAGGGUCCAUUCGCAGACAUAUGAACCUGUCCAACCCAGACUUCAAUGUGGCCCAAUUCCAAAGGCAGGAUUCACUCACUGGAAUGGGGCUUGGCCUCGGCCGUCUCAAACCAGAGCUCUACAAACAGCGCUCCCUCGAGGGGGAUGACAGCAGUCGCAGAGGUGGAGGCUGUGGACGCCUCCACUUUAUCCUAAAAUUUGACUGCGACCUUGAACAGUUGAUUGUUAAGAUUCAUAAAGCAGAGGACCUCCCAGCCAAGGACUUCUCUGGAACCUCUGACCCUUACGUUAAGAUCUACCUGCUGCCUGAUCGGAAGACCAAGCACCAGACCAAAGUGCACCGCAAAACGCUGAACCCUGUGUUUGAUGAGGUCUUCCUGUUUCCUGUGGCCUACUCGGAGCUUCCCACACGUAAGCUGCACUUCAGUGUCUAUGACUUCGAUCGUUUUUCACGCCAUGACAUUAUUGGCCAAGUGGUUGUGGACAACUUCCUGGAUCUGGCAGAUUUCCCCAGGGAGACAAAACUCUGCCGGGAAAUCCAGUACGUCUCCUCGGAUAAUGUGGACCUCGGGGAUCUGAUGUUUUCGCUCUGUUAUCUGCCUACUGCGGGCAGAUUGACAAUUACAAUGAUAAAGGCUCGCAAUCUCAAAGCUAUGGAUAUCACUGGUGCAUCUGAUCCAUAUGUGAAGGUUUCACUAAUGUGUGAUGGUCGCAGACUGAAAAAAAGGAAGACAUCAACCAAGAGGAACACUCUGAAUCCGGUCUAUAAUGAGGCCAUUGUUUUUGAUGUCCCUCCAGAGAACAUAGAGCAAAUCAGCCUUUUGAUUGCAGUGAUGGACUAUGACCGUGUAGGCCAUAAUGAGGUCAUUGGUGUGUGUCGGGUUGGCAAUGAUGCAGACAACCUCGGUCGAGACCACUGGAGUGAGAUGCUCACAUAUCCUCGAAAACCUGUCGCCCACUGGCAUCCUCUUGUUGAGUACCAGGGGACCACAGGUAGUAGCCAGGGAGGAUCCUGUAAUUCUCUGAGGACGCCUCCUUCUCCGUAGCCUUGAGCAAGAAUUUAAAUAAGAGUAUCGAUCAACCUGAAGCCUCGGCUGAACCUUUGGACAGUGGUGCUGCAGAGUGCAGCACACACAUGGUCCUAAAAGAAGAAUACAGACAUCCAUAAUACUAUGGAGUUUGGAAAAGAGAGACAUAAACUGUCUUGAGCUCUGCUCAACUGGAUCAGUUGCAUGUUGAAUGACCGCAAAGAUGAAUGUUUUCUUUUCUAUAAUGUUCCAUAAGAAAAACAACAGGUGUAUGCAGACAUUUUAAGUCUGUGCUAUUCCUGGGUUUAUACAGUAGUUACUGUUUUUUACAUAGUCUUGUUACUUGUUUUAUUGAGGUGAGUCUGUAUUUGCACAAUGUACUUACAACCAGUCGAACUGCCAUUCUGUUUUUUAAUUUGGUGGUGAAUUGGUGCAUGAGGUCAUGGUUUAGUGGGAUAUCCUCUUCUCUUUCUGUUUCUAUUUUGGGAAUACGAUGUGUUGUUCUGUCAGUUGAUGUGCAGUGGCAGUUAAUUUCUAGACAAACUAUCUGUAAGUAAAUAUGUUAAAUGUUAUCAAUAAAUAUUAUUCCAUAAAAAAAACAACCAUUGUUGAUCUUCGCCA